GCUUCGCAAGUAGCAUCCAUUAGCCAGAGCAUCUACUUUAUUGCUGAAGGUUUCCCAUUUGUCCUCAGUCAUCUUAUCAUAAUCAUAGAUCUUUUUCGAAGGAAUAUUCCUUUUGUUAUUACUGAUAUCCAAGAAAUUUUCAACACUGAAGGUGACCAGUGA